AUGGAUGAAAUGUCUGUCAAAAGUGAAGGCGAUUCUACAUUGGAAUAUUACCCGCAGUUGAAAAUCAUUGAUGACAAAUUGAUCAAGCAAAUAGUUGAGGAUACUGUUGAUUGGGCACAUGCGAAUGGUAUGGUGAUGAGAACAGCAACAGCUUCCGAUCGUAGUGAUAUAUGCCAAACAGCGCCCUGUACCCUCUUCCCUUCACCGUUUCCUUCCAGCUUAUUUCAAGAAGCUAUGGAUAUUCAACAGGCAUUCAAUGUGUUGUAUUUUCGCGUAUCGUGGGAUUUUGACUUCUUGAUUAAAUCACACGCUGAGGUGGUGAAAACUGAUGAUUUUACAAGGCAUUUUGUGGAAAUCCUAAAUGCGGUUCGCAUCGCAGACUUUUGUCAAAGAAAGACGUUGCUAAUACAGAGAAAUGAUUAUAUGUGUCAUGAAGACAGUUAUGGAAAUCAUUCUUUAAAACAGAUUGAAGUGAAUAAUAUAGCCGCAAGUAUGGGCUCACUUGCGGAACGUGCUACCUGCAUGCAUAGAAGAACCUUGGAAACAUUACAACUUCCUACUAAAAUUAUUCAAAAGGCUAUUCUGGAUAAUCACCCGACAGUCACAAUUGCAAGAGGAAUCUAUGAAGCGUGGUAUGAUUAUGGAGAACCAGAAGCAGUUGUAUUAUUCGUCGUUGAAGAUGCUAAUCAAAAUCAAAUUGAUCAAAGACAUGUGGAAUAUCGUAUUGAUGAACUCAGCAGUAGAAGUGCACGAUGUUUUCGUAUCACAUUAACUGAUGGUGCAAAGAGAUUAAAAAUGAACGAAACCAAUCAUUAUCUUAUAUUGGAUAACAAAUGGCGUGUAGCAGUUGUAUAUUUUCGAGCCGGUUACUCACCAUGCAAUUAUCCAACGGAAACAGAAUGGACUGUUCGUCGUAUCAUCGAAUUGUCGGAUGCUGUGAAAUGUCCCUGGAUUGGUUUGCAGCUGGCAAAUACCAAGAAAGUACAACAGGUUUUGUCCGAAAAUGGUGUUUUGGAAAAGUACAUUACUGAUAAUGGAAUAUGCGCGAGGAUUCGAAAAACAUUUGCUUGUAUGUGGGGACUGGAAAAUGAUGAUGAUAGAACACAAAAGAUAAUUCAGAUAAGCUUUUCAAGUGAUGCAAUUAAACAUCCAGAAAAAUUCGUUCUGAAACCUCAACUGGAAGGUGGAGGUGGUAAUUAUUAUGGUAAAGAAGUUGCGGAAAAGUUGAAAACAAUAAGUAGGGAUGAAAUGGCGGCCCACAUAAUUAUGGAACGUAUCACCCCGAUGGUUGUUAAGAACUACGUGAUUCGACCACAACAGGAACCGAUUAUAAUGGAUGUUGUAGGAGAAUUAGGAAUUUAUGCUUAUCUUUAUGGAUCACCUGCUGUUGUUGACAUCUCAGCAGAAAAGAUCAUGAAGAAUUACGUUAGUGGACAUAUCAUCCGAAGUAAGAGUAAAGACGUCGACAAAGGAGGGGUAGCUAUUGGUGCCGCAGUCAUCGAUUCGCCUUACUUGUUUUGA